CCUAGUCCAAACUUUACGCGGCGCCAUCGGCUGAAAACUAAACCGAGAUGGAAUCUCCCAGUCUGAACCGGUUUCAACCGGUUGUGAGUUAGUUGCUUGAGAGAGGAUAGAAGGCGCAGGCACAGAACCUCUAUACCGCCCCGCUGGAAAAUCAUAAGAGUAACGAAUUAAUUAGUGAAUCAAGGUUUACUUUGUUUCGUAAAAUGUAUCGGAGUGAUAGAUUACUGGGUUUGCCGUAAUAGUAGUUUUGGAAUCCACAUUAGUGAUUCUUACCAGCCAGACAUCCCUCACUGCUGGAGCUGAGAUAGUCAACGCUGCAGUAAUAGGAAAUCUUUUCUAAUCAUCAGUGAUACUGAGAAGUAAUCACUAAAUCUUGUAGCUCCUUGGGCAAACGCCACUCUUUUUGAGUCAGAGCCUUGGACUUUAGAACUCUAUGCCAGCAAUUAUGACAAUGUUAGCCGACCAUGCAGCGCAGCAGCUGCUGGACUUCAACCAGAAAUUGGAUAUCAACCUGCUGGAUAAUGUAGUGAACUGCCUAUAUCAUGGGGUGGGACCUCAGCAAAGGAUGGCACAGGAGGUUUUGACACACUUAAAGGAGCACCCGGAUGCCUGGACAAGAGUGGACACCAUCCUUGAGUUCUCCCAGAACAUGAACACCAAAUACUAUGCUCUUCAGAUUCUGGAAACGGUUAUCAAAACGAGAUGGAAGAUCCUUCCCCGGAAUCAGUGCGAAGGCAUAAAAAAGUAUGUGGUUGGACUCAUUAUCAAGACUUCAUCAGAUGCUUCAAAUGUAGAGAAAGAAAAAGUGUACAUUGGAAAGCUGAACAUGAUCCUUGUACAGAUCCUGAAACAGGAGUGGCCAAAGCACUGGCCCACCUUCAUCAGCGACAUUGUGGGGGCGAGUCGCACCAGUGAGAGCCUCUGUCAGAACAACAUGGUCAUCCUGAAACUGCUCAGCGAGGAGGUCUUUGACUUCUCCAGUGGCCAGAUGACCCAAGUUAAAGCCAAGCACCUAAAAGACAGCAUGUGCAACGAGUUCUCCCAGAUAUUCCAGCUCUGUCAGUUCGUUAUGGAAAAUUCCCAGAAUGCCCCGCUGGUUCACGCCACCCUGGAGACCCUCCUGCGCUUCCUCAACUGGAUCCCACUGGGCUACAUCUUUGAGACCAAGCUCAUCAGCACGUUGGUGUAUAAGUUCCUGAACGUGCCCAUGUUUCGCAACGUGACGCUGAAGUGCUUGACGGAGAUCGCCGGCGUGAGCGUCAGCCAGUACGAGGAGCAGUUCGUCACCCUCUUUACGCUCACCAUGUGUCAGCUCAAGCAGAUGCUGCCCCUGAACACCAACAUCCGGCUGGCCUACGCCAACGGCAAGGACGACGAGCAGAACUUCAUCCAGAACCUCAGCCUGUUCCUGUGCACCUUCCUCAAAGAGCACGGGCAGCUCAUCGAGAAGCGGCUCAACCUCAGAGAGACGCUAAUGGAGGCGAGAGGAAAAACUCGAUUGCCGAAUACGCGAUGUGCCGUGGCCCUGCACUACAUGCUGCUGGUGUCGGAGGUGGAGGAGACGGAGAUCUUCAAAAUUUGCCUGGAGUAUUGGAACCACCUAGCGGCCGAGCUCUACCGAGAGAGCCCGUUCUCCACCUCCACGUCCCCCCUGCUCUCGGGCAACCAGCACUUCGACGUGCCGCCGCGCCGGCAGCUCUACCUCCCCGUGCUCUCCAAGGUGCGUCUGCUGAUGGUCAGUCGGAUGGCCAAGCCAGAGGAGGUCCUGGUGGUGGAGAACGACCAGGGGGAGGUGGUCAGAGAGUUCAUGAAGGACACAGACUCCAUCAACCUCUACAAAAACAUGAGGGAGACCCUCGUGUACCUGACUCACUUGGACUACGCGGACACGGAGCGCAUAAUGACCGAGAAGCUGCACAACCAGGUGAACGGCACCGAGUGGUCCUGGAAGAACCUCAACACGCUGUGCUGGGCCAUCGGCUCCAUCAGCGGGGCCAUGCACGAAGAGGACGAGAAGAGAUUCCUGGUCACCGUCAUUAAGGACCUGCUGGGUCUAUGCGAGCAGAAGCGAGGAAAGGACAACAAGGCCAUCAUCGCUUCAAAUAUCAUGUACAUCGUCGGCCAGUACCCACGUUUCCUCAGAGCCCACUGGAAGUUCCUCAAAACCGUGGUCAACAAGCUCUUUGAGUUCAUGCACGAGACCCACGACGGAGUUCAGGACAUGGCGUGCGACACCUUCAUCAAGAUCGCCCAAAAGUGCCGGCGCCACUUCAUCCAGGUGCAGGUGGGGGAGGUGAUGCCCUUCAUCGACGAGAUCCUGAACAACAUCAACACCAUCAUCUGUGACCUGCAGCCUCAGCAGGUCGGCCAGCAGACGCCCGACAAGCAAGAGCACGCCGCCCCCCCCCUCCCCUCCCAUCCCCCCCCCGCUCACGCGUCUCUGCUUCUGCGUGUCCAGGUUCACACCUUCUACGAGGCCGUGGGCUACAUGAUCGGGGCCCAGACGGACCAGGCCGUCCAGGAGCACCUGAUAGAGAAGUACAUGCUGCUGCCCAACCAGGUGUGGGACAGCAUCAUCCAGCAGGCCACCAAGGUAGGACGGGAGGAGGCGACGGACGGGAAUGGUGACGGUUUAAAAAAACAAAAAAGAACGGUGUUUAAAGCGCCCCUCCCUCCCGCCGCGCAGAACGUGGACAUCCUGAAGGACCCGGAGACGGUGAAGCAGCUGGGCAGCAUACUGAAGACCAACGUCAGGGCCUGCAAGGCGGUGGGGCACCCCUUCGUCAUCCAGCUGGGGCGCAUCUACCUGGACAUGCUCAACGUCUACAAGUGCCUGAGCGAGAACAUAUCCGCCGCCAUUCAGACGAACGGUGAGAUGGUGACCAAACAGCCUCUGAUCCGCAGCAUGAGGACUGUUAAGCGGGAGACGCUGAAGCUGAUCUCGGGCUGGGUCAGUCGAUCCAACGACCCGCAGAUGGUCGGAGAGAAUUUCGUCCCGCCGCUUCUGGACGCCGUCCUCAUCGACUACCAGCGGAACGUCCCCGCCGCCCGGGAGCCCGAGGUGCUCAGCACCAUGGCAACCAUCGUCAACAAGCUGGGAGGCCACAUCACCAGCGAGAUUCCCCAGAUCUUCGACGCCGUCUUCGAGUGCACCCUGAACAUGAUCAACAAGAACUUUGAGGAGUUCCCCGAGCACCGGACCCACUUCUUCUACCUGCUGCAAGCCGUAAACUCCCACUGCUUCCCCGCCUUCCUCGCCAUCCCCCCGGCCCAGUUUAAGCUGGUGCUGGACUCCAUCAUCUGGGCCUUCAAGCACACCAUGAGGAACGUGGCCGACACGGGUCUGCAGAUCCUCUACACCAUGCUGCAAAACGUGGCCCAGGAGGAGGCGGCCGCCCAGAGCUUCUACCAGACGUACUUCUGCGACAUCCUGCAGCACAUCUUCUCAGUGGUCACCGACACGUCGCACACAGCCGGCCUGACCAUGCAUGCGUCCAUCCUGGCCUACAUGUUCAACUUGGUGGAGGAGGGCAAAAUCACCUCGGCCCUGAACCCCUCCAGCCCCACCAACAACCAGGUCUUCAUCCAGGAGUACGUGGCCAACCUGCUCAAGACCGCUUUCCCCCACCUACAGGACGCCCAGGUGAAGGUGUUCGUGACGGGGCUGUUCAGCCUAAACCAGGACAUUCCUGCCUUCAAGGAGCACCUGAGGGACUUCCUGGUCCAGAUAAAGGAGUUUGCGGGCGAGGACACCUCGGACCUGUUCCUGGAGGAGAGGGAGGCGUCGCUCCGCCAGGCCCAGGAGGAGAAACACAAGAUCCAGAUGUCUGUGCCGGGCAUCCUGAACCCUCACGAGAUUCCAGAGGAGAUGUGCGACUGAGCGCCCCCCCCGCCCCCCCCUCAGCCAGACUUGUACAGUAUCCACAUAACAAACAAACAAACAAACAAAA